AUGGUCUUAUGGACUGCAUCAGGAAAUCAGCAAAGCUAUAAUGCUGGCAGUUCUUAUGGUUCUCGUAUCGGAAGUCAGCAUGGAGCUACUGACCAUGUUACCCCUGAUCCUACUCGGCUAACUUCCAGCAAAAAUUAUGAUGGGUUGAAUAACUACAGUUGGCAGCGAUGCUGGUGUAAAUUCUACAUGUCUAAAAAUCUUGCUCACAAUUCUGCUGUUGAAAAAUCUGAUUAUGUUGCUCGUAGGAACCAAGUUCCAGCAACACAACUUUUUGCUCUAAGGUUGCCCAAUAAAGAAGAUGUGAAAGAUGCAAUGGAGAAAGUGUUGGCGCUUGACCAAGCAUACCCACUUCCCUUGUUAGGUAAAAUGAUUGAGAAGUUCCCUAAAACAUUUGAGCCUGCUGUGUGGUGGCCGUCAAACCAUUCCCAGGCAAGCAACAAAAAAUCAUUUAAAAGCGGGCAAAGUAGCUCGAAGAUGGAGAAAAAUGGAUGGAGUGAAGAUCUGGAAGAGGAAAUGAGAGAGAUUAUUGAAGUGUUGAAGAGAAAAGAUACUGAAGAUUACAUGAGACUAGGCAAUCUGGCGUUGAAGAUAAACAAGAUUCUAGCCAUCUCAGGGCCAUUACUCACCGGCAUUGGAGCUGUCGGGUCGGCUUUCGUGGGGUCUCCUCACGGGUCAUGGGCUGCUGUCGUUGCGGUGGCUGCAGGCGCAUUAGCUACCACAGUUAACACAUUGGAGCAUGGUGGACAAGUCGGUAUGGUGUUGGAGAUGUACAGAUACUGCGCUGGCUCCUUCACACUUCUGGAGGAAUCAAUUGAAGCAACUCUCAAUGAAAGUGAAGUAGAGAAGAGAGUGAACGGAGAGAUGUUUGUACAAAACGUAGCUUUGAAGUUGGGAAGAAGCAUAUCACAGCUGAGAGAUCUUGCCGAAAACUCAAUUUAUUCUCGCAGUAAUGGAGCCGAGAUUGACGAAUUUGCAAGCAAACUUUUCUGAUUUUACCGGAUGUAGAUUUAUUCCUUGACCAUACGUAUUCUUUAAUUGGUUCUGAACAUGGACA